UUCUUAAUCAAGAAGCAAAUCGAUGAUCUGCCCACAGAAUUGAUCCGACAGCCAUCCUUAAACCCCUAAGAAAAUCCCCAAUUGAAUUCACCGCGGAUUUGAAAAAGAAAAAACCCUAAUUUACAUAUAUAUAUAUAUGUAUUUGGGGAUGAAUCGCCAUAGGAGAACCAGCCAUGGCUGCGAGCUCCACCUCCGCCUCUGCAUUCGCUUCUUUCUAUGGAGAUUGGAUUUCCAGGCACGAGGAGCUUCUACGGCGGCUGGACAGGCUAAUUUCGCCGGAGGACGGCUUCGACCGGUGCCGGGAAUGCAGGGAGAUGAUACCUACGGUUAUGGCGCAUUACCGCGAAUUGUUUAGGGAGAAGGCGCGGCUGGCGGCGGCGGACGUAUUUCUGGCGCUGUCGCCGCCGUGGCUGAGCUCUUUCGAGCGGGCGUUGCUGUGGAUCAGUGGAUUCCGGCCCUCGAUGCUGUUUCCGAUCGUGGAAGGGGCGGUGGCGGGGGAGCUAUCGGCGGAGCAGCGGCGGCGGAUGGCGGAGGUCCGGGCGGAGACGCGGCGGCGGGAGAAGGAGAUCGGCGAGGCGAUGGCUAGGGUUCAGGAGACGGUGGCGGAGCCGCCGGUGUGCGAGUGGCUGAGGAGGUUUGGGAAAUCGGCGGACGGCGAGGUGUCGGAGGUGGGAGAGGCGAUCGGAGGGCUGAAGGCGGCGAUGGUGGCGGAGGUGGAGAAUGCGGAUGAGCUCCGGGGGUGGACGGCGGUGGAGGUGGUGGAGAUUCUGGGGCCGGUGGCGGCGGUGAAGGUGCUGGCGGCGGCGGCGCGGUUUCAGUUGGAGUCGCGGAAUUGGGGGAUGAGGAAGGAUUCUGAGAGAGAGGGGAUUUGAUUUGAGCCGUUGGAUGGUUUUGUCAACUUUAAAUCUCAGUCGUUGAUGAGUCGACUUCUUGCGCUGGUCUUUUUAUUUUCUGCUUUAAGGAAAAAAAAAAUGAAAAAGAAAGGAAGAACUACUAAAAUACUUAUACCGAAUAAAAUAAUUAUGUCGUUUAAAA